GUAGCACGAAUAUAUUUAUUAACAAAAAAGCUAACAAUUAUUAGAGAAAAUUAAGUAACUACCAAAAAGAGUAACAUUGACAAAUACUUUCACAAACUCAAAAAAAGAAAGAUAUGAAAAAUGAGUAAUAAUAAUUUUAAAAUAAUAAAAUACCUUUUCUGUAAAAUAGACAAGGUCCCAAAGACCCAGCUCAAGUCCAGCUCUCUGUAUUCAUUAAGUUACCUUCUAAACAUUCACACCAUCUCUUUCUCUAACAAUGGAGAUUUUUCAAAAGGCCAAAGCCGUUCGUCUACGGAGCCAUCACGACAAGUACCUAGUCGCCGAUGAAGACGAAGAAUCUGUAACUCAAGAACGUAACGGCUCAGCAGGUGCAGCCAAAUGGACCGUUGAGAUAAUCCCAGGCUCAACAAAUCUCAUCCGUCUCAAAAGCGCUUAUGGCAAAUACUUAACAGCGUCUAACAAACCGUUUCUUCUUGGAGCCACCGGAAAAAAAGUUCUACAGACUAAACCUAGUCGUCUUGACUCGUCUUUAGCUUGGGAACCGAUUAGAGAUUCUGCUUUGGUUAAGCUCAAGACUCGUUAUGGUAACUUCCUUCGUGGUAACGGUGGUUUACCUCCCUGGAGAAACUCUGUUACUCAUGAUAUUCCUCAUAGAUCGGCCACUCAAGAAUGGGUACUUUGGCAUAUAGAUGUCGUUGAGAUCCUCCCUGCAAACGCAAACUCCGAUCACCACCACCAGCACCUGCAGCUGCAGCAACCUCCGUCGCCGCUUCAUCAUUCUGAUUCUCUUGAUUUCACACCUGGAUCUCCUUCCAGAUCUGACCGUUUCUUUAGACAAGAGUCAACGGAUUCACUGGCGGUUGGAUCGCCGCCGAAAUCGGAAGGGAGAGUGAUAUACUACCAUGUGGCGGAUGAUGAUGAUGAUGUUGAAGAUGACUCUGUUGAGGUAAGUUCGUUUACUUUCAAAGGAAAUGGUGUUGAAGAGCUGACUAUGAGAUUGAAAGAAGAGAGCAAUGUCGAAGACGUUAUCGUUUGUACUCGUAGUCCGUUGAACGGGAAGCUUUUCCCAUUGCGUCUUCAACUUCCACCUAACAAUGCUGACAUGACUGUUGUCUUAGUGCCAAAAUCAUCAAAAAUAGCAGAAAAGUUCAUCAAGUGAGAUCUUUCUUUUGAAGCUGAGCUGUGAAGUGAAGGCUUUGGCUGCAAUUGGUUUGUUGCUACUAAGAAAGGAUUUGGAUUGACUUAGAGAUACUGCUUGAUUACCAAACUUAUGAUUUAGAGAUACCAUUCUUUCCCUUUUGUCCAACUCUAAUGCUCAAUCUCUUUCAAUUACUGCGACUAGUUUUUUUUUUGCUACCAGUAGUCUAAACAAGAGCAGGAUCCAUCUUUGAAGUGAUGGAAACGAACACGAUCUCUCACGAUGAUCUCAGUGUUGAAGACUUUUGAGAUCAGUUUAGUAACCUCGUGGCAAUCGUUGCAGACACGUAGAUUCUUGAAUAUACGGAUUGGAGUCUGAGGUGGUAAGUUUAUCAGACCAAAAGCAAUGGCAAGUCUUUCACUGUGCAGCCUAAGGGAAUACUCUUUGCUACCAUCAUUGGUGGCAUCCACUAAAGGUGCUUGAGAGCGAUCCGGUAAAUAACCAAUUGAUCUUAGCCUGUCGUCGAUCACCU